AUGCCUGGGAAAACAAAUCCGGCUGAUGUCUUAUCGAGACUCCCUCUAACGGGUCAACCCUUCAGGGAGCGCAGCAUUGCGGAGGAAUACAUCAACUAUGUGACAGCGAACGUGGUGCCAAAAGCGUUAACACUGGCCCGGAUCAUUGAUGCAACGUCUGCAGAUCCAGUUUUGUCACAAGUGAAACAGUGUUUAAGCACAGGGGUUUGGCCUGGUACCCCGGAACUGUUACCGUACAAACGGCUCAAAGAUGAACUGUGUGUUAGUACUGGUGUGGUGUUGCGAGGGUCAAGGAUUGUUGUACCGGUUACCUUGCAGCAUGAGACACUUUGUGUUGCGCAUGAAGGUAUUGUGCGCACCAAACAGAUGAUUCGUGAGAAGGUUUGGUGGCCAGGAAUUCUGCAGCACGUGGAAACAAUGAUCAAAGCGUGUAUACUGUGUCAGGCUGCUACACAUACAAAGUCAGCGGUAGAGCAACUGAGACCCACUACUAUGCCUGCGCAACCAUGGCAGGAAGUUCACAUAGACCUGUGUGGGCCAUUUCCCACAGGUGAAACCCUGCUUGUGUGCAAAGACGCGUGCACUAGAUGGCCGGAGGUGGUCAUCUUGAAAUCCACGACUUCUGCCGCUAUCAUCGGACAUCUUCGCAAAAUAUYUGCAUCUUAUGGAUUACCUGACAAGGUGAUUACCGACAAUGGAUCGAACCUAGUUUCUCAGGAGUUUGAGGACUUCUUGACGACUCAUGGUGUACAACACCGCAAGGUAACACCCUACUGGCCUCAAGCGAAUGCGGAAGUGGAAAGGUUCAAUCGUACCAUUGGAAAAGCAAUUCGUGCUCUACAUGCGGAGGGGAAGAACUGGCGGAAUGAAAUUUUUACCUUCCUCUUAAAUUAUCGUUCGACUCAACAUUCAUCGACAGGAGUGUCACCAGCGCUAUUGCACCUGGGAAGGGAAAUCCGCACAAAAGUCCCACAAGUCGGAAUGCAGUGUUUUUUUAAACGCAUUAAAAACCGCACAAGAGAGAUAUCAACAGAUGAAACAGCGGAUGAAGGUGUACGCAGAUAA